UAAUGAAACAGAAAAGAGAAAUGAGCUGUCCUGACCGGAUUGUUUGCAUAGGCAGAGAAACUUUGCAUGGGCCAGACAUCCAGCGAGGAAGACAGAUUCCCUGCAAAAGGCCACAUCCUUCUCCUUCCUGGGAAAAUAUGGUGGACAAGGUGUUCCAGAAGGUGUUCAUUUUCCUUGUCCUAACUUUAAUUCUUGGAAGUCUUCUUUCUGGGGUAUUCUACAAGUGGCAAACAAAAAUGAUGAUUCCUAAGGAAGAUUGGCUGAUGAGUCAAGUCUAUCGCAGAGACACACUGAACUCCACCUGCCUGAUGAACAACCUUUCUCAUUCACAAAGCAAACUGAAACAUGAUGUUGCAACACGGAUCUUUGUGGAACAUAACCACAAGUUCAUCUACUGUGAGGUGCCCAAGGUGGGGUGCUCCAAUUGGAAGAAAAUCAUCCUUCUCCUCACAUUGAACCUAAGCAGAAAGGCUAAUGAAGUCGACCAUGAUCUCAUCCACCAAACCUCACUGAUAAAGAGGCUGAGUUCUUACCCUUCCGACUACCAGGAGAAAUUACUGACCAGUUACACCAAAGUGAUGUUCACCAGAGAUCCCCUGGAACGGUUGGUUUCAGCUUACAGAGACAAGCUUCUGCACUCUGAGCCAUACUAUAGUAUCACUGUGGCAAAUGAGAUCAAGGCCACGUGCAGGAAAAAUGAAAAUUCAACUGAAAAGGUGACUUUCCAGGAGUUUGUUAACUUUAUUCUGACAAAAAAACAAGAACAUUUGGAUAUUCAUUGGAAACCAAUGUUUCUACUCUGUGAUCCUUGCAACAUUCACUAUGACAUCAUGGGGAAGUUUGAGACCUUGGAGCAAGACUCUGAACAUGUUCUCAGGAACAUUGGAGCCCCAGAGGAUAUGCACUACCCUAACUUUAAGAAGUAUGGCUCAGAGAAACGUACUAGUGAUGAUAUCACCCUGGAAUAUCUUGGAAAGCUGAGCUCAGAGAAAAUUGAAAAGAUCAAGAAGCUGUACCAGAUGGAUUUUGCCUUGUUCAACUAUCCUUAUGAUUUGAAAAUGAACCUUUAUGAGACUGAUACAGUAUGAACCUGAAAGCAGUUUUUAUUCCUACAAUAUCACAUGAACUUGUCUACAAAGAUGAUUACAGCUGGCUGAUGGUAGCAGUGAAGCACUAUUGGUGUUUUGCAGCUCAUAAAGGUAUUUGUCAUAGGCACUCGUGAUGCUGUAUGGAAUAUGGGGGGAGGGAUAGCUCAAUGGUUUGAGCAUUGGCCUGCUAAACCUAGGGUUGUGAGUUCAAUCCUUGAGGGGGCCAUUUAGGGGUAUGGGGCAAAAAUAUGUUAGAUGACUUAAUUGGGGAUUGGUACUUCUUUGAGCAGGGGGUUGGACUAGAUGAUCUCCUGAGGUCCCUUCCAACACUGAUAUUAUAUUAUCAGUACCAAUAUUACAAAAUUGGAAUGAAUCUUAUACCAGAUAUGCCGUGUAAAAUAUCAGU